AUGUCGAAGAGAAUAAUGUGUGAAGUAUUCUGUACUGCUGAAGACUUAGGAAUGGACAUCUUUUAUAGCGAUACCGACAGUAUGCAUCUCUACAAUGAAGAUAUCCCUCGUUUAGCUGAAGAGUUUGAGAAACGUUAUGGAAGAGUUCUCAUUGGUAAAAACCUUGGUCAAUUUCAUAGCGACUUUGCAGAAAUCACACCUGGAAAACAAAGUUUAGCAUACAAGUCAAUAUUUUGUGGAAAGAAGACUUACAUAGACUUACUCACUAACGAUUUAAAUGAAGUUGCAUUCCAUGCACGUUGCAAAGGUGUCAAACAAGACGUCCUUGCUUUAACAGCUAAUGAAAUGUUUCCUGAAGCUAUACAAUGCUAUUACAAUGAAGAUAAAGGUUUAAUGGUUCCGCAAGGAAAAUUUGACAAAGACUCUGAGUUCAGUGUUAUGAAACUUUACAAAGCACUUCAUGAUGGUCAAGAGAUUGGAUUUGACUUAUGUAAGUCUUCUAGUCCUUGCUUUGCUGAAAAGUUUAACUUUUCUAUUCAGACUAAGACUUCAUUCAUAAGAAAGCUUAAGUUCUGA